GGACACCGGUGUUCCUACUUUAUCUGCCUCCACUACCGUCAUUGUUCAGCUGGAGAACAUCAAUGAUGAAGAACCAGUGUUCAGUUCCCCAGUGUAUGAUGCCCAAGUGCCCGAGAACUCCCCACCGGGCACUCUUGUCAUCAAUGUCACCGCCCAUGACGCCGAUGAAGGGCAGUUUGGAGUUGUCACGUAUUCUCUUGCCGGUGACCACCAUGAAUACUUUGCCAUUGAUGCCAAUGGGGUUGUGUCGGUAAGAGACGGUGCCCUCUUGGACCGAGAAAGUUUGGACUCGGUGGUGCUGCGGGUAGUCGCAACAGAUGAUGCUCCAGAGAAUUACCGACGCCAGUCAUCUGUCCCGCUUCACAUCACCAUCUCUGAUGUAAACGACCAUGGCCCUACCUUCAGCCAGGGGUCGUACUCUGCCAGUGUUGUUGAGAACCUUCCUUUGGACCCACCAGCUCCUAUUGUCCAGGUCACUGCUCAUGAUGCUGAUGAAGGGAUUAAUGCUCUAGUCAAAUACUUCAUCACCAAGGGUAAUGACCAAGGAUCAUUCUGGCUGGAUCCAGAGACAGGGAUUCUAUAUCCAGCUCGGUCUCUUCUGGCCACUCCCAGCAACUAUAACCUCACCAUAGUGGCAAAGGACCUUAACGGCACAGGUGAAUUCAGUGACGAGACUGUAGUGGAGAUCACAGUCUUGCCCCAGAAUCAACACAAACCAAAAUUUCUCUCUCCAGCGGUGCCCAACGCCACUGUGCCAGUCCAGGAGAAUUGGAGUUCAGCCACGCAGGAAGUAGUAACGGUUGAGGCCGAGGAUAAAGACUCUGGGGCAAAUGGGGAGGUACGUUAUCACUUGCGUGUGGGGGAAGAGAACAUUCAGGACACACCAGAGUUCCACUUGGACCCCAUCACUGGAGUGCUCACCACUAAACUGGUACUCGACAGAGAGAAGCAGCAUAAGUAUGAGUUGGUGCUCGUGGCCAAGGACCAAGGCUCGCCCAUCUCUUACGAGACUCUGCGCUUCUUGACAGUACUGGUGGAAGAUGUUAACGACAAUCGUCCAGUUUUUCCUAAGAACAACAUACCUCAAGCUUAUCGUUUUAGUGUAAUUGAAAACACUGCUAAACACACAUUUAUUGGUCAACUUGUGGCUGAAGAUCCUGAUGCAGGAAUCAAUGCCAAGAUUUUCUAUUACUUGGUUUCUGGCAAUGCCCACGAGAGCUUUUAUCUGGACAAACUUCACGGUAAAGUUUACACUAAUGCUGUUCUCGACCGCGAGCAGAGGUCUUCUUACACUCUUGUGGUCAAAGCCACUAAUGAUCCUAACUUUAUGUUAGACCCUGACCAAGAGGUUGUAUAUGAUGAAAAUGAUCCAACAUUGGCCAUCAUCACUAUCAACAUUGAAGAUGAAAAUGAUACGCCGCCACGAUUUAUUCAUGAAGCUUACUAUGCAGGAGUGUCAUAUGAAGCUGAAGUUGAUAGAUUUGUGAGAAUGGUGAAGGCUGUGGAUGGGGAUGCUGGCCUUAAUGGAACUCUCACCUACUCCAUCAGAGCAUCCAAUCUUUUCAGACCUGGAGAAACCAGGGCUAUUGGAUCUAUUAUCCCGUCGCCUUUCAAUGUCACUCAAGACGGCAAGCUCACCACAGCCUCUCUCAUGUCGCAAUAUCGGCGUCACCGUUUCCUUCUCCAGUUACAAGCCAAGGAAGAAGCACCACCCUACCGCAUUGCCAUGUGCACUGUCAACGUGUGGGUUUGGGAGAGAGAAGACCUAGUGAGAGUUGUCUUGGCUCAACCUCCCGAAGAAGUUGUACACCAUCAAGAGGACAUCGCCGCAACUCUUUCACAGGUUACUAAGGGAACAGCAGUCGUGGAUGAAAUUAGAUACCAUGUGAACCCCGACAAUACUGUUAACCGUGAGAGAGCGGACAUGUUGGUGCACGUGAUGAACCACAGCGAGCAAGUGAUGCCGGUACAUGCUGUACUCAAGAGGCUGGAUCAGGGAUAUGCUACACUUACCAAUAAUUCAAAUACCUUCUUUAUUGAAAAUGUUUAUCCAGCAUCAGUUGAGACAGUCGAGGAGGAGGUGGAUGCACGUUUGGCCGGUCUCAUCGCUCUUAUGAUUGUGCUCUUCAUCGGUUUCAUCUCCUUCAUUGUCGUCUGUUGUUGCCUCCGAUACUGGGUGAUGACACCAAGUAGGUCUAGUGAGCAUCUUAUCAAGCGUAAUAUUGAUGAAGAUCUAGGACUGAACACCACUGAAAACCCACUUUGGGUUGACCAGAAGCUCAAGAUGUAUGAAGAACAGGAGCUCACUAUGCAAGUGAUGAGCGAGUUUGACACGACACAGGUAAACGUUCCUCCCAACCCAAACAAGGGUCCAAAUGUCACUGUAGAUGCUGAAUGGACUCCAGAACGUAGGUCAAGCAUCGACUUAUCACAGUUGGAUGGCCAAAGCAACACAUACGCAACAAUCCAGAAGUCUCACGGAGGAACGCUGCGGUCGCUACAGCUUCGUGGAUUGCAGCAGGGUACACUAAAGCUGGGAGAGGAUCCUGGAGAAAGUAAUGAUUAUGCUACCCUAGACCAUCUUCAUCGUCCAAUACCAGGCCAGGGUCCAAGAGUCCCUGGGGUGGAGACACCCAGAUCCCCAAUGAAUCAGAAUGGUGAUUACCAUGAACUAAGAACAUCUUUCACUGGAUCAACCUUCCAGCCGCCUGACCUAGCUAAUCGGCCACUUCCUGAUGAACCAACCGUCAUCCAUCCAAACUCGCGUAACCUUGCAUUUAAUGCUCAAGGAGAACCAGUGCUUGUUGCAGAACUGAUAUAAGCAUUAUUGAAAAUUAUGCCAAUGUUAUUUUUAUAGUAAAGUAUAUAUUAACUAUUAAACUGCAAGUCACAAUCAGGGAUGUAUUAAAGUACUGUACUGUGCAAGAUUUAAAACUCCAGCAAGUACAUGGAACUCGCAUCUGCUUCCUCAGGCCUCCAGCAAACUGAUACCAUCUUGGAAAGAAAAUUGUAGGCACUCCUCCUGGGUGUGAGGGCCUCAGUACUAAGACAGCAGCCAUGAGCAGCAGCAGCAACACUUCCAUACAACUCAUGCCCACAGCAUCACUUAAUGGUGAAAUAAAUAACAAUACCCCAACAGUGAUGAAGAUUAUGUACAAGGUUCAGAUAUCAGUUUGCCCAAUGCUGAUGACGAUAUUCACAGCACAAAGCAGACUCCCACAGAACACACCUUGGAAUCUUGGUUCUUUAUUUUCCGUGUUUGGAAACACGUAAAUUUAUUUGUUGUGUUUCCAUGAACACAACAGGCCUCGUAUUCCUUUAGAAAACAUGUGAAGAAAAAAUUGGGUUUCAGUGACCAGGAUUUCAAUGAUAAUAGCAGUGUUGUGGCUAGAGUUAGCAAUGGGUGUAUACUACAUACAGUGCAAGACAAUAAUCUGCUUUGUCAGGUGCUGUCGGCAACUGACUAAUGUCUGGUGCAAUGUUGUGCUUGGAUCAAUGGUUGUGAGAUUAUCACGCUCACCAGAACUUCUUAGUGGUCCAUAAUGGUGUAUAAAAAAUAUAGUUAUAUAUAUAUAUAUAUAAUGUGUAUAGUGUAAUAAGAUUUUGCUGUUUGAUUGUUCAAAAGACUAUAAUUUUGUGUGCAGAUUAAUGAUGCAAAUAUAUCUAUGCCUAUGUAUGUUCUUCAUGUCCUGUGAUAUAACAUUAUUGACAGCCCAGUGCA